UUUAUCUUAAACAUCCACCUAAACCUCAACUAAAAUUUUUUCCUCAACAUUCCAUUUCAACUCUUAUCUCAUCAUAUUAUCUUGGUGUUGAUGCAUUAAUUAAUCGUUUAGCUGAUUUAUAUUCAGAUCGCGUCAAAGAAACAUUUCCAAGAAUGCGAGUCGAAGUACAGAAGAAGUUAAAAGAUGUUCGCGAGCAAUUGUCGAAGUUUCCGCCAGAUUUAGAAUCUACCUCAUCAACAUUACCUAAAUAUUAUGAACUAGCCGCUUGGUUUGCAGAAAAUAUCAUUGGCAUGCGCUUCAAGAGUUCGGCCUAUGG